CUUGGAUCCGCGGGACAAGAAAAUUCAUGCGACCCUCGAUUCUGUUUUGUUGAUCUGUAUGUUUAUUGUUAUGCCAGUAUGUCUUGAUUACAAUGUGAAAUUUUCAAACCGUACUGUGAGGAAAGGACACGACUCUAUGGUGAGGACUGAUGGACAUACAUUAUCUGAGAAAAGAAACUACCAGGUGACAAACAGCAUGUUUGGUGCUUCAAGAAAGAAGUUUGUAGAGGGGGUCGACAGUGACUACCAUGACGAAAACAUGUACUACAGCCAGUCUUCUAUGUUUCCACAUCGGUCAGAAAAAGAUAUGCUGGCAUCACCAUCUACAUCAGGUCAGCUGUCUCAGUUUGGGGCAAGUUUAUACGGGCAACAAAGUGCACUAGGCCUUCCAAUGAGGGGGAUGAGCAACAAUACCCCUCAGUUAAAUCGCAGCUUAUCACAAGGCACUCAGUUACCGAGCCACGUCACGCCAACAACAGGGGUACCAACAAUGUCACUUCACACGCCUCCAUCUCCAAGCAGGGGUAUUUUGCCUAUGAAUCCUAGGAAUAUGAUGAACCACUCCCAGGUUGGUCAGGGCAUUGGAAUUCCUAGCAGGACAAAUAGCAUGAGCAGUUCAGGGUUAGGUAGCCCCAACAGAAGCUCGCCAAGCAUAAUAUGUAUGCCAAAGCAGCAGCCUUCUCGACAGCCUUUUACUGUGAACAGUAUGUCUGGAUUUGGAAUGAACAGGAAUCAGGCAUUUGGAAUGAAUAACUCCUUAUCAAGUAACAUUUUUAAUGGAACAGAUGGAAGUGAAAAUGUGACAGGAUUGGACCUUUCAGAUUUUCCAGCAUUAGCAGAUCGAAACAGAAGGGAAGGAAGUGGUAACCCAACUCCAUUAAUAACCCUUGGCUGAAGAGCUCCUUAUGUUGGAAUGGUAACAAAACCAGCAAAUGAGCAAUCCCAGGACUUCUCAAUACACAACGAAGAUUUUCCAGCAUUACCUGGUUCCAGCUAUAAAGAUCCAACAUCAAGUAAUGAUGACAGUAAAUCUAAUUUGAAUACAUCUGGCAAGACAACUUCAAGUACAGAUGGACCCAAAUUCCCUGGAGAUAAAAGUUCAACAACACAAAAUAAUAACCAGCAGAAAAAAGGGAUCCAGGUGUUACCUGAUGGUCGGGUUACUAACAUUCCUCAAGGGAUGGUGACGGACCAAUUUGGAAUGAUUGGCCUGUUAACGUUUAUCAGGGCAGCAGAGACAGACCCAGGAAUGGUACAUCUUGCAUUAGGAAGUGACUUAACAACAUUAGGCCUCAAUCUGAACUCUCCUGAAAAUCUCUACCCCAAAUUUGCAUCACCCUGGGCAUCUUCACCUUGUCGACCUCAAGACAUAGACUUCCAUGUUCCAUCUGAGUACUUAACGAACAUUCACAUUAGGGAUAAGCUGGCUGCAAUAAAACUUGGCCGAUAUGGAGAAGACUUGCUCUUCUAUCUCUAUUACAUGAAUGGAGGAGACGUAUUACAACUUUUAGCUGCAGUAGAGCUUUUUAACCGUGAUUGGAGAUACCACAAAGAAGAACGAGUAUGGAUUACCAGGGCACCAGGCAUGGAACCAACAAUGAAAACCAAUACAUAUGAGAGGGGAACAUAUUACUUCUUUGACUGUCUUAACUGGAGGAAAGUAGCUAAGGAGUUUCAUCUGGAAUAUGACAAAUUAGAAGAACGGCCUCACCUGCCAUCCACCUUCAACUACAACCCUGCUCAGCAAGCCUUCUAAAAAAAAGACUUCCCUUUUCUUGGGGUAUGGCUGUCUCAGCACAAUACUCAACAUAACUGCAGAACUGAUGUGGCUCAGGCACCCUGGUUUUAAUUCCUUGAGGAUCUGGCAAUUGGCUUAUGCAAAGGGUCACCAUUUGAGGUCCUGCCUUACUAAUUAUGUGCUGCCCAACAACUAAAUUUGUAAUUUGUUUUUCUCUAGUUUGAGCAGGGUCUGAAUUUUUUUUUUUUUCAUUUAUUUUCUUUUUUUGCCAGCAGACAGACUUGAGUCUGUAAAGACAAGCAAGUACACUGACAGAAGUUUACCAUUUAGUUUCUAAAAUGUAAAAAAAGAAAACCCACAAAAGACUCAACAAAAUUAGACCACAAAAUUUGCAUUGUUCAUUGUAGCACUAUUGGUAAUAAAAUAACAAAUGUUUGUGCAUUUUUAUGUGAAGAUCCUUCUCGUAUUUCAUUUGGAAAGAUGAGCAAGGUCUGCUUCCUUCAUUUUACUUCCCCUUCUGUUUUUGAAAGGCAGUUUCGCCAAGCUUAACGCAAGAAUAUCUGACUGUUUAGAAGAGAGAUAUUGCCACAAUCUCUGGAUGGUUUCCAGGGUUGUGUUAUUACUGAGCUUCAUCUUUCCAGAAUGAGCAAAACACUGUCCAGUCUUUGUUACGAUUUUGUAAUAAAUGUGUACAUUUUUUUUAAAUUUUUGGACAUCACAUGAAUAAAGGUAUGUAUGUACGAAUGUGUAUAUAUUAUAUAUAUGACAUCUAUUUUGGAAAAUGUUUGCCCUGCUGUACCUCAUUUUUAGGAGGUGUGCAUGGAUGCAAUAUAUGAAAAUGGGACAUUCUGGAACUGCUGGUCAGGGGACUUUGUCGCCCUGUGCACUAAAGGGCCAGAUUUUCAGCAGCCAAGGACAUCCAUACCCAAGUGAAUGUGAUGGGACUUAAAGAAGUGAACUGAGACAAUUCACUCUGGCUGUUUGAACAGCAGCGUUUCAUAGGAAGAGAAAAAAAGAUCAAUCUUGUAUUUUCUGACCACAUAAAGGCUUCUUCUCUUUGUAAUAAAGUAGAAAAGCUCUCCUCA